AUGGAGUCAAAAAUCGAAUACCAAGCAAUGCAGUUCUUGGUUCAGAUCUCAGUCCUCAGUACUCAGAUUGCUGGUUUGGCACGGAUGAUUAAGGAGAGUAAGGCCGAAGGAAAACCAGAGUCUUCAAAUCUGAGUAAGUCUCCUAUAUUGCCUAACCCAUCUGGAAUUCCUAAGGUUAAUUUAGAAGAUGAAUCUCCUAGUCCCUGGAGGGAUAAGAAUGGAAGGAACAACUGGAUGAUUCAGCCAAGAAAGGGGGGGAUAUUCAAGCUGCAGGGUCAAUCACUGGAGGAUUAUGACAGAAAGGAAGCCAUUUACAGGAAGAGGCUAUAUGAGCAGAAAAGAUGGGAGUAUGAACAAAUGAAGGAAAGCCAAUUGGAGGAAAGAAGAAGAUGGUUCAACAGGUUCAAAAGAAGGAGAACAGAUCCUCCAGGGUGGCCAGAAGUGGAAAGUGCAGGCAUACUGAGUGCUAUGAUUAAGGAGAGUAAGGCCGAAGGAAAACCAGAGUCUUCAAAUCUGAGUAAGUCUCCUAUAUUGCCUAACCCAUCUGGAAUUCCUAAGGUUAAUUUAGAAGAUGAAUCUUCUAGUCCCUGGAGGGAUAAGAAUGGAAGGAACAACUGGAUGAUUCAGCCAAGAAAGGGGGGGAUAUUCAAGCUGCAGGGUCAAUCACUGGAGGAUUAUGACAGAAAGGAAGCCAUUUACAGGAAGAGGCUAUAUGAGCAGAAAAGAUGGGAGUAUGAACAAAUGAAGGAAAGCCAAUUGGAGGAAAGAAGAAGAUGGUUCAACAGGUUCAAAAGAAGGAGAACAGAUCCUCCAGGGUGGCCAGAAGUGGAAAGUGCAGGCAUACUGAGUGCUAUGAUUAAGGAGAGUAAGGCCGAAGGAAAACCAGAGUCUUCAAAUCUGAGUAAGUCUCCUAUAUUGCCUAACCCAUCUGGAAUUCCUAAGGUUAAUUUAGAAGAUGAAUCUCCUAGUCCCUGGAGGGAUAAGAAUGGAAGGAACAACUGGAUGAUUCAGCCAAGGUAUACCUACGGAGACGCCCCAAGGAGCAGCACCCCACCUUUUAGAGAUCAAUUAACAAGCCUGCGUGUUGAAGAUGGUGAAGUAUUGAACAACAUUCGCGUGAGUACCGAGAAGUUUAGAGAAAAACAAGAAGAUGAGAAUCUCCUAGACGAAGAACUCGACAAACAUUUGGCUGAUAUCAUCAAUCAAACACAUGAUGCUUUAACCCUGGGUGCAAAUGAUGAGAUAGAGGUGGAGGAUACCCAAAUCCUGGUUGAUGAAGAUCCAUCUUUGCCCUCACAACCUCCGCCGGGUAAAAAAGCGAAACCGUGGUCGAGAGAUAAGAUUGGAGGAGGAAGAAAGAGGAAGGUCCCAAUCCCCCCUCGGACAUCGCAACAACAAACUGAGGGUCAACAAAAUGAGGAUCAAGCACAUUCUUCUCGAGGCUCGCGCAUCCAGGUCGAGACUCAAUUUGAAGACAUUGAUAGACCCGAGACUCAGUUUGACCUUGGUUGA